CCGUCAUAUUUAUAACGAAAAGCCUUUUCUUUGGGUAGAUCAUCACCUCGAGAUAACAUAUCGCCAAAAUGAAGUCCUCACUCGUUAUUGUCACAGUUUUGGUUGGGUGUUUCCUCCCCGCUAUACGAGCUCAGGUGGAGGGUGUCUUCUGUUCCGAGAGCAGCACUGUCUUCAUGCCCUCACCAGACGCCGGAGAAUGCUCCGUCAACUUCCGCUGUUCCAAGAACGUGUGGGUCAAGUACCGUUGUGCGACCGGCCUCGUCUUCAACCCAGACACCCAGCUCUGUGUCUUCCCGGAAGAUAACCCAGCAUGCAGCAAUCCCAGCCCUGCCAACUUCGCCAGUCUCCUGAGGGCUGUGGAUCAGUCCUCCGACUGUGCGAUGCCAUGCUCCCCGCAGCUCGACGCCGUCUACCCCAAGCUGUCGGAAACCACCAUCGACUGUAACGGGUUCUACGCGUGUCGUGCGGGCCGCCUGUACGAAGGAUUGUGUACUGAUUUGGGGGAUGGCUUCGCCGUGUACGAUACGUUCUCCAGGAGCUGUUCCAAGGAAGUCGAUCAGUUCAACUUCAACUGUGCAACAUAUGUCCCUCCGUCACCCUAGGAUGUUGAAGUUGACGGAGACAUCGCAACGACGACAUCACCGAUGAUGAGACUGUCACUACAGCUCCGUCACGACUACUGUGUAAGAUGUGGCAAUAAAGUUAAUGUUAAAUAUUAA